CCAGAUUAUCGUCAGAUCGGUCGAAUCCUCUAGCUGAAUUGGUCAUCAAGACUUUCUUCUGGUGCUGAGGCUUGACCCUGCACAUUUCGGCUUCAUAUUUAAUAUCCCUGGAAACUUUUAGUUGGGCUCAAACUUUAACCGCUUGGCAUAUUUCCACCACGAAUCCAACAUAUCAACGAAAAGUGGUUCAUCCUGAAACCCAACACGGAUGCCGUGCUACCUCGACGCAUCUUAGUCUCAAGACAUACUCCAUUUCCAUGCAGAUAAUACCGUCGUAUCCUGCCUUCGCGAACCAACACAGCAUGUCUGUGACUUCUAAAUUUGUCUCGGAUGCUUCUGUCCAGGAACAGGCCAGCAUUUGCAAGUCAGGAGCAGACUCGACAGUACGACCUGUUGCAGAGCAGCAGGACACAGAUCCGUCUGUGCACGCAGUCUCCUCCAAGAUCUUGGAUAUCAUCUUCGAAUAUGCCUUGAACAAAUUCAGUGACAGCAAAGAAAGGCUUGAGGCUGGUAGGCCGAAAUUUUUGUCCGUCGUGGGCAAGUUCGUGACUGCUAGUACGAGAGUUGAGAUGUGCCUACCAGCAUUUCCUUUCAAAUCAGCAAACAAAGCCUACAAGGUUUUUGGCAUAUUACCCGACAAAGCGGAGGAGAUUGCUUUAGAUCGGCUCAAUACUAUGUGUAUCCGCAUUGGCGAGAUCUACCAGCCUGGCGCUCAAUGCACUAUCAUCUCAGAUGGCGUUGUCUACAACGACCUGUUGAGCAUUCCUGAUCGUGACACCUGGGCCUACGGACAGGCUCUUCGAGAGUUAGCUUCUAAGAAAGGGUUGCAGCACAUAUCCUUUUCCAGGAUCCGAGACUUGGUCGACCUUCCUCUGCCAGCUGAGAUGCAUGAGAUUGCCUAUGUCGCCAAUGCGACUAAUUUCCGCCGAGCCCUUCUCAACCGCUUCGGUAAAGAUGAUAUCGACAUUGACAAAGAGAUUGAGAAAGACCCUGACACCAAGAUGACUUACCUUGGAUAUCGGCGGUUCCUUGAAUCUGAUCUGAAGCAUAUCUUUCCGGUUGGCAAUGGACGAACAGCAAAUGCAUAUCGCAGAGAUGUGAGGUAUCUUGCGAAACAAAUGUUGAUCCGAGGUUACGCCUUUGCUGCUGCUGUCAAGCACAGCUUCCCUUACCACCUGCGACUGUCUAUUCACCAAUCUACUGGUGAGCACAAGAUAUCUAUGAGCUUGCUCAACACCAAGACGGGUUUCACUACACCGUGGCACUGUUGUAUUGCCCUGACAGCAAGAGGAGAAUGGACCAGUGCUCCAAAGGGAGAGUACCUGAAAGACCCAAAUAUGAAGAUUAUCCACGAGAAUGGUCGACCUAGCUACUUCCAAGAGAUUGUUGGCAGUAACAAGCCUCAUCAACAGGCUGAAACAGGGACCAGAGAGGUGAACAGCAGUGAGAGCCAAAGUAAUGCACCGCAUACUGAGCUUCAAGAGCCAGUCAACUUGUCCCUGACAGAGACAGAGAGAGAAAGGGUAGCUGCACUUGCAAGAUUCAUGAUGUCGGCCGACUUCAAGCAAAAUGACGAAAUGGUGAAGUCAGGUCAACCAGGUAUGGAUAAAGCCCUAGACUGCAACUCAAACGAGCUCAGCACAAUGGCAUGGCUCAAAGAGCUAAUAAAUGCCGUGGCCAGAGACACUGGAGGAUAUAACGAAAAGGUCACUGGUGUGAAUUAUCAAGAGAUACUAGUGAACGGCGCACACCAGCUUUCAAAUACCUAAAGCCAUUCAGGUCACAGCUGGGUCUGAUUUCUUCAGGUAGAAGGGUGAACUGAGAUAGAAGAUCAUGGCCG